AUGUCAGUGAGCUAUUUCCAGGAGCGUGGAACGCCCGCCUCCGGAGAUGUUCUCUCACCAGCUACGACGUCGCUAGGUGGCGCCUCCCGUGGCGCCAAUGCCUUGUCGAGCCGCAUCACCAGUGUGCUGUCCGCUUCAUACGCAGAUCUGGAAAUCCGCGAUGCUCUGGAAACACUCGAUACUCGUGGGGUGCGCAAUACCGCAGAGACGAGACGUCAAAUUCGGCUGGAUGUGCAGAAAGAGGUGAUUGAAUGCAAUGGCGAGAUUGUCAAGGACUUUGGGCAGGUUGCAGAGCAACUGAAGCGCAUUGGCACAGCGAUCAGCAGCUUGAACAGCUAUUGCGCUGACAUGCGAAGUCACAUCGCAGCUGCAAACAAAGAGACUGGACCUGUGUUGGAAGAAGCCACUGGUCUUAUCAACCAGCGGAAGCAGGUCGAAAGCAAGCAGCAGAUCUUACAGGCCUUCAACUCUCAUUUCCUCAUCUCCGAUGAAGAGGCCACUGUCUUGACUUCUACUGCUGAGCCUGUCAACGAGGAGUUCUUCCAAGUCCUGACGCGCGUGAAGAAGAUUCAUCACGACUGUCAAGUUUUACUGGGGACCGAAGACCAGCGACUUGGUUUGGAGAUCCUGGAACAAAGCUCCAAGCAGCUCAACGCUGCCUUCCAGAAAUUGUACAGGUGGAUCCAGCGCGAGUUCAAGACUCUUGAUUUGGAGAACCCGCAGAUCAGCGCUUCCGUGAGGCGGUCUCUGCGUGUGCUUGCAGAACGACCGACGUUGUUCCAGAGCUGUCUGGACUCUUUCGCUGAGGCGCGCGAGUCCAUCUUGUCAGACUCCUUCCACUCUGCGUUGACUGGAUCAGCCUCGGAUGCGGAGCACAUUGCCACCAAGCCGAUAGAGUUUCAGGCCCAUGACCCUCUACGUUAUGUCGGAGACAUGCUCGCGUGGGUUCACUCGACCACAGUGUCAGAGCGAGAAGCGCUAGAGAACUUGUUCAUCUCGGACGGCGACGAGAUCAAACGUUCGAUUCAGGAGGGUCUCGAGAGUGAGCCCUGGUUGAAAGAUGAGGAGGCCGAGAUCUUCGAUGGAAGGAAGGCUCUGAGCCAGCUCGUUGGUCGUGACUUGGCCAGUGUCGCGCGUGUGUUACGGCAGCGUACCGAACAAGUCGUCCAAAGCCACGACGACGCAACUCUGGCUUACAAGAUCGCCAACCUCAUUGGCUUCUACAAGGGCAUGUUUGCGAAGCUCCUUGGAACAGACUCGGACGUUUUGGAAGUCUUCACUACGUUGGAAGCGUCCGCAAUGCGCCAGUUCCGCGCGAACAUGCGAGACUACGUUGCCGCAGUGCAAAGCGACAUUGCCGUCCCACCCCAAGAUCUGUCGCCUCCGGACUUCCUCGAUGAUGCACUUCAGACACUCAAAGUGCUUGCUAAGAGCUAUGAUACAUCAUCGGCAGGUGCUGAGGACCAGGAACAGGGUUUCCAAGCUGUCCUAGCAGAAGCCCUCGAUCCCUUCAUGAGCGGCUGCGUCAAUCUACAAAAAGGUCUCCAGCAGCCCGACAGCGCCGUCUUCGCCAUCAACUGCCUCUUCGCAGCGAAAGAUGUCCUGUCGGCAUUUACAUUUGCCAGCGAGCGCGUCGAGGAAAUGGAAGACACCAUCUCCGAACAAGUCGCUCAACUCGUCGACUACCAGCACGAAUACCUCCUCCACGAAUCUGGUCUCGCCACGCUACUGGAAGCCUUGGAGCCCAUCACCGACGACGAAGAAAGCCUCAAAACCAUUCCUGAGCUCGAGCCCUUCAAGCGCGACGCUCUUGUCGCUGCGAGCCAGCAGCUAGACGAGUUCUUGCCGUCCGCACUAAUCGAUGCUGCGGAGAAUCUCAAGCGCUUGAAGAACAGGAAGAUGAUCCAGGACAUCACGGAAGAGGCCGCUGCUAGCUUCUGCGAGGAUUUUGAGGUUGUGGAAAGUAAGAUUAUUGCAGCGGAUGAUCUGACGUAUGAUGAGGAUAAGGAGGAUGAGGAGCAGGAGCCGGGGUUGAGGGAUUUGUUCCCUAGGACGAGUGGGGAGAUUAGAGUGUUGUUGAGUUAGGUGUGUGUGUGUUUAUAGAAUUCGGACCAUAUACAUUGGUUGAUCAUUC